AUGGACUCACCGGCCGUCAAUCGCCUGUUCCGACGAUUGGCUACACAUCGCUUCUGCCAUGAGACACGAUCGCUCGCAGCGCCGGUAGUGCAGGCGCAAUGGCGGAGUCAGAGCACGCACACACUGCCAUCUGGGAAGAAAGCGAAGACGACAGCGGAGAGCUCGUGGCAGCAGAGGACGGAUCAUUUCCCUAGUGACAAGGCCGAGGAGUUUAAGAGAUAUCCCAAUGUCACGUCGGAUCAGCUGCGGACGAGGAGGGAACGGCCGCGGAGGGUGAAGAUGCUUAUGCGGGACUUCAUCGAAGACAGCCUGUACAACCCACAUUAUGGCUACUUCAGCAAGAACGUGACCAUCUUCUCGCCCGGGGCGCCCUUCGACUUUAACAAGCUGCGAGACGAGCCGGACUUCUACAGGUUGCUGGGAGAGCGGUACACACAAUUCGAGGACAAGCUGGACGAGAAAGAGUACAAUGAGGCGCGACAGCUGUGGCACACGCCUACCGAGCUGUUUAGACCACACUAUGGAGAGGCAAUAGCGAGAUAUAUGGUGGCCAACUACAAGUUGACCCUAUACCCAUAUCAUGAUCUGGUCAUCUACGAAAUGGGUGCUGGAAACGGAACACUCAUGUUGAACAUUCUGGACUAUAUCCGACAUACAGAUCCUGAAGUCUAUGCCCGGACGAAGUUCCGCAUCAUCGAAGUGUCAUCUGCACUGGCAUCUUUACAGGCUCAGAAAUUGCAGGCUACAGCAUCAAGCAGAGGCCACCACGACAAGGUGGACAUCAUCAACAAGUCAGUGUUCGACUGGGAUCUUUAUGUGCCGACGCCAUGCUUCUUCCUUGCUAUGGAGGUCUUUGACAACUUUGCACACGACGUCCUACGCUACGACCCUUUCACCGAGGAGGUAAUGCAAGGAUCAGUCCUUAUCGACAGCGACGGUGACUUUUACGAGUUCUACAGCAGGACUCUCGACCCAGUCGCCGCCCGCUUCCUUCGUGUAAGAGACGCUGCAUGUCAAGAUCGGCAGUAUCCUCAUCCGCUUCGACCAUCAAAAAUUCUGCGCUCCAUACGGCAUCGGCUACCAUUGGCGCCCAACUUGACACAACCCGAGUACAUCCCGACACGAUUGAUGCAAUUCUUUCAGAUCUUAUCGACCAAGUUCCCAGCACACCGGCUGGUCACCUCAGACUUCUCCGGCCUACCACAAGCUGUGGCUGGAUACAAUGCCCCAGUCGUGCAGACACGGUAUCAACGGCGGACUGUGCCUGUACGGACACCCCUCGUACAGCAAGGCUACUUCGAUAUCCUGUUCCCAACAGACUUUGCAGUGAUGGAGGAUAUCUACCGCGCCGUCACUGGGCGUCUGACGAGGGUCAUGACGCAUGAAGACUUCUUCCAGCGCUGGGCGUAUGUAGAGGACACGCAGAUGAGAAGUGGCGAGAAUGCGCUGUUGAGCUGGUACAAGAACGCUAGUGUCAUGCUGACGGUAUAG